GGGGAGUACAUUUUGCUAUUUAUUUAAUUAAUAUGUAUAAGAAUUUACUUUGUUCUUACUUAUAAUUUCAGAAUGGCGUCUACCAGUGGAGCAGGAGCUAAAAGGAGUCGGGCAUCAGCGGAGCAGCUCAACGUGAUGAUCGACCUUCUCACGGAGAACGAAGGGCUUGCGUCCGGAAAGUUCCAGCGUCUCCAAGGAAAGCUGGAGUACCAGAAGAAGUGGGCGGAAAUGGCACAGAAGCUCAACGCUAUAGGAGGAGCUGUAAAGUCAGUGGAUCAAUGGCAUUCGGUCUGGCGCGACUUAAAAAGCCGUACAAGCGUACGUGUACGUGACCGGAAGAGGCAGCAGGCUCUAACAGGCAACAGGCCCAUCGACCAGCCGCCUUUAACGGAGAUGGAGAGGCGGGUAAUUGAUCUGAUUGGGAUCAACUACAUCGAGGGUCACGAAGCGGAGCUUCAAUUGGUCAUGGAGGAUGGGGAGGAUAUUGUCUUCCAUGCGGUGACGCAGGCGUCAGUGUUUGGAGAAGACAGCGAGGUGCAGGUCAGCACACCUAAAACUCCUGCGCAAACACCGCGUAGGGCUUUGAAGAGGAAGCGGGCGGAGGAAGAGAGCGAUGUCCAGAAAAAAUUUCUGGAAGUCGCUGAGAAGCAAGCAGAUGCCAUGAAG